AUGUAUGUACAUGGAUCAGGCAACCGUCUUGGACAGUGCUAUCACAUUCAAAACUUAUCACCGAGUAUGACUCGGAACCAGAAUGCAUCAUCAAUCAAACAAAAAAACACUCAAGCAUAGUGAUACGAGGAGUCUGUACAGAUCAGAUCGUACGAGGAGGAGUCCACAUAGGACUGUGUUGUCAUUGUUGUCAAAGUUUGUUCGAGGGUUCUGCCAAAUUCUGGAAAGAAUCUGUCGUACUCAGAAGCGCAAGUUCAAGUCCGCUAUCCCUGAUGUUGUGCUUGACGACUUUCCGUGUUUCUGCCAUUCAUCAACUCCAUCCCUUCUUCAUAUCCAAACGAAAACACGGAAACACACGACAAUUUUCUUCUCUGCCUCCCGACUCGUCACCGCUGCCAAGACCCAAUACACCACCACACAACACGAAAAUCAUAACACAAACCGCCGACUUUUGCGAAUCUUCAUAUCUUUCGCUCGCGCGCGUCCCAAACACUCUCUUCCUGACCCUCCUGCUUCUCCCCCUCAUUCAAGAACUGAUUGAAACGGUACGUCCUCUCUUCUUCAUCCCAACCACAUCUCCUAUGAUAAACUCGUAUCACACAGUGACAACGAUCCCUCACUUUGCGCCUCUUCACUUGUCCAUAUUGUAUCA